GCCUGGAUUGCUCAACCCUGGGUUUUCCUAUAAGAACAAGACAGACUAUAAAACAGAUGGGGAUCUCAGAGUAGGAAUCAGACAUGAAGAUGAAGGCUCUGGUGAGAUCUCUCCUCUUGCUCGCUGUGGCUAGCCUGCUGGUCAGAGGUCAGACCCAGACUGAGACUAGGUAUGAAGACAUCAUCACAGCUGCUUCAAAUCAGCUGCUUCCUGUGGAAGAGCAGGCUUUCCAUCCACUUCUGAACCAGCUGGAAGUCGAGACUUUGAAUACAGAGGAUGUGGACCAGUCAGAGGUGACUGUAAGGUUGAGCUUCCCCCUGCAGGAGACGCUCUGCAGUAAGGCACAGGGGCAGCAAGGCCAACCAUGCCCUCUGAAGAAAAAUGGGAAACAAAUGAUGUGCAGCAUGGAGGUCAGACAUCCGAUUCUGGAGACUGGCAACACCCUCAACACUGACCGGUCUGACAUUUCUUGUGAAUACAUGGAGGCAGAAGAUGCUAUGCCAGUACUGAGCACUAAGAUUCGGACAAGAAGAGGCAAGCCCAGCGGAGGCUCUAGGGGCUCUAAGAUGGGUAGUAAAGAUUCCAAGGGGGGUUGGAGAGGUCGUCCUGGGAGUGGCUCUCGUCCUGGGUUUGGCUCCUCCAUUGCUGGAGCUAGCGGAAGAGACCAAGGUGGAACUCGCAAUGCAUAGAACAGCACAACACACCCUUUGGAUAACUGCAAAAUAUCUCACCAAUCAAAGAAACUUCAAAAGCACUCAAAGUUGUGGUUAAUGAUUGAACAUGCAACAUUGAGCUUCUUUAAAAAAAUGCUUCUGGUAAUUCUUUUGUCUACAUUCUGAAUUGUUUUGUAUUUUGUAGCUAUCGUUGUGUGUAAUAAUAUACCUAUUCUUACAUGCAAUCUUUGAAUUUUAACUACGGAAAAUUAUUUCCAGUUCGUGUUUACUGCACUAAUAAACUGCAAAAUACGUUUUCAAAAGACUUAGGAAGAUUUUGAGAGAUCUACGGUUUUGUGUUUAUUGUUCUUUAAAAAAAGAUCAUUACUCUGUUGUUCUAUUAGGCCGACAGUUUAGGCUUUUCUGAAACAUGUCGGGAUGGUUUCCUGGACACAGAUUGAGUUAAGAGCAGUGGUGACCUGUCAUUCAGGGCAGGUGGGGCAGAACCCCACAUUUUUAGCCAGACAUUUGCCUGUUUUGCAUGUUAUUUUGGCAUUAAUACGUGUCACAUAUCAGUUUGUAAACAAUGCAAAAAUAUAUAUAUUUCAUUGACAUAAUAAAGCCGCAUACAAACUUGG